CCAUGGCAGACAGGGUGCUGAUUCACACAUAAAAGUGAGACGACGUCCCGUAUUUAUUAAAUAUUAACAUGUUACUGUGAUACACCGUGCACUUUUAGCGACAGUAUUUCCUGGCAGGUUGCCAUGGUCCCCACAGACUUUAAAGCUCUGAUCCUGAGGUUUUAUCACCUUCAGUCUGAGCGGGUGGACACGUAUCGGCUCUUUGAAGAAGGACACGAGGCCUACUUGAGGACAGGGCCCCAUUAUGACUUUGACCACUACAGGCAGCUGGUCCAUGAGAUAACGCAGGCCUUCUGCGGCAUCUCCACGGAAAUGCUGGAGAUCAAAGGGAAGCUGCACCACGACUUCGACAGGCCGGCGCUUUCUGAGCACAUUGACAAGCUGCAGAGCAAAGAGAAGCAGAAACUAGAACUGACGGUCAAGCUGCAGCUGGCCAGGCAGCGGGCCCAGGAUCACCCAGAGGACGAGGGCUGUCAAGAACAGAUUCAGGAGAUCAAGCACGAGAUCAUCAAGAACAAAGAGGCCCUGAGUGAAAUCAUGCAGGACGUCAAGUACGACUCUGAGGAGUUGGAUUGACAGGCGGCUCCCGGGAGGCGGAGCCACAGACCGGCUCUGCUGCAACUCCCACCGUUGACUCGUCGGCUGCGCUCAUCGAUCCCUCUCUGGCUCCGCCCUGCUCGCUGCAGCAGUCUCACUCCACCCAGGGGACUGGUCGCACUCUGGCUCUGUGUGUUUCUAUUUGUAGUCACGUGUUUUUGUAAAUGCUUACCUCAGCAAAAAAAAAGAAUCAAAGAAGAAAGAAAUGUAAAUACUCUGAAGAUGUUCACUUGUUCCUGGUGGUUCAAAGCCACUACCUUUUGUUUACUUGAUGAUUUGUGGGGGGGUUUUUAAAUAAAAAAGAGAAGUUUUA